AUGGCGGAGCGCGUUCCGCAGCCCCCAGCUAAACGGCUCUGCUGCCGACCCGGGUAUAAUACAACAUGCAGACAGGGGCAACGGGCUGGAGGAACGGUAUGUGGUGGUUCGGGUACUGGUCAAGGGGGGUCGAGCAAAACCCAGAGUCCAGAAUCUCUCUUGGACAUCGCAGCAAGGAAAGUAGCCGAGAAGUGGCCAUUUCAAAGGGUAGAGGAACGCUUCGAAAGGAUCCCAGAGCCCGUUCAAAGGAGGAUCGUCUUCUGGUCUUUCCCGAGGAGCGAACGGGAAAUCUGCAUGUAUUCCUCCUUCAACACAGGCGGAGAGGAGAGUGGGGCUGCCGGGGAGAACAGUGACGAAACCCGGCUGCCUUUCCGACGAGGCAUAGCAUUGCUGGAGAGUGGCUGUGUAGACAACGUAUUGCAAGUCGGUUUUCAUCUCAGCGGAACAGUCACGGAACCGGCCACGCCGUCGGACCCGGAGGUCGUGUGCAGCGUGGCGAUCAGCUUCGACCGCUGCAAAAUCACCUCGGUCACGUGCGGCUGCGGCAACAAAGACAUCUUCUACUGCGCCCACGUGGUGGCGCUGUCCUUGUACCGCGUACGGCGGCCGGAGCAGGUCAAACUGCACCUGCCCAUCUCCGAAACGCUCUUCCAGAUGAACCGCGACCAGCUGCAGAAGUUCGUUCAGUAUCUCAUCUCCGUCCACCACACAGAGGUGCUGCCCACCGCUCAGAGGCUGGCAGACGAAAUCCUCUCGCAGAACUCCGAAAUCAACCAAGUGCACGGAGCACCAGACCCCACGGCGGGAGCAAGCGUGGACGAUGAGAACUGCUGGCACCUGGAUGAGGAGCAGGUCCAGGAGCAGGUCAAACUCUUCCUCUCCCAGGGGGGUUACCACGGCUCGGGCAAACAGCUAAACCUCCUCUUCUCCAAGGUGAGGGAAAUGCUAAAGAUGCGGGACUCCAACGGGGCGCGCAUGUUGACGCUGAUCACGGAACAGUUCAUGGCGGACCCGCGCUUGGCUCUGUGGAGGCAGCAGGGUACCAGCAUGACUGACAAAUACCGACAGCUGUGGGACGAACUAGGUGCCUUGUGGAUGUGUAUCGUCUUAAACCCUCACUGUAAGCCGGAGCAGAAGGCUGCCUGGCUGAGGCAGCUCAAGAAGUGGAACGGCGUGGACGUGUGCCCCUGGGAGGACGGUAACCACGGCAACGAGCUGCCCAAUUUAACCAAUGCCUUGCCUCAGGGUGCGCACGGCAACCAAGACUCAGGCACCAGGCCCCACAGGACUGUUUUCACGCGAGCGAUCGAGGCAUGUGAUCUCCACUGGCAGGACAGCCACUUACAGCACAUCAUCAGCGACGACCUCUACACCAACUACUGUUACCAUGACAACACUGAAAAUUCACUCUUCGACUCUCGCGGCUGGCCCUUGUGGCACGAGCAUGUCCCCACAGCCUGUGCCAGGGUAGAUGCACUGAGAUCACAUGGUUACCCCAGGGAGGCCCUGCGAUUGGCCAUCGCCAUCGUCAACACUCUGCGCAGGCAGCAGCAGAAACAGCUGGAACUCUUCAGACGCCACAAGAAAGACAUACUUCAUAAAGGGAUCACCUCUACCACUAAUCUGGAGGGUUGGGUGGGCCAUCCGCUUGACCCCAUCGGGACCCUGUUCAGUACCCUGAUGGAGGCAGCGCGAGGGGAGGAGGACAACUCACAGGGCGGCUUCCUCGACCUCUCAGGUACGGACCUACUCUACACGCACUUGUUCCAGACGGCGCCGCGGUUCCUGGAGGAGGGCGAGUCGUACCUGGCGCUAGCGGUGGAGACGGCGCUGACGGGCCUGGGCCAGCAGAGGAUCAUGCCCGACGGCCUGUACGCCCAGGAGAAGAUCUGCCGAAACGAGGAACAGCUCAUCGCCAAGCUGCAGGAAGUGGAUCUGGACGACACCCUCGUCAAGAUAUUCCGCAAGCAAGCAGUCUUCCUCUUAGAGGGUGGGCCCUACAGUGGCCUGGGUGAACUCAUCUACCGAGAGAGCGUCCCAAUGCACACUUUUGCCAAGUAUCUCUUCACCUCCCUGCUACCUCACGAUGCUGAUCUGGCAUAUAAAAUUGCACUGAGAGCAAUGCGGUUACCGGUGUUGGAAUCCACGGCUCCCUCCGGCGACAUGACUCGACCUCACCAUAUAGUAUCAGUUGUCCCCAACCGUUACCCGCGAUGGUUCACACUGAGUCACAUAGAGUCACAGCAGUGUGAGCUGGCCUCCACCAUGCUCACUGCAGCCAAAGGUGACGCUCGUAAGUUGGAAACAGUAUUAGAGUCCAUCCAGAAGAACAUCCACUCCUCAUCUCACAUCUUCAAACUGGCACAGGAUGCAUUUAAAAUCGCCACCCUCAUGGACAGUCUCCCCGAUAUCACUCUCCUCAAAGUCUCUCUGGAGCUGGGCCUCCAGGUAAUGCGAAUGACGCUUUCCACGCUGAACUGGCGAAGGAGAGAAAUGGUGAGGUGGUUGGUCACAUGUGCCACAGAAGUCGGAGUUUACGCACUGGACAGCAUCAUGCAGAGCUGGUUCACCCUCUUCACGCCCACGGAGGCCACCAGCAUCGUGGCCACCACAGUCAUGUCCAACAGCACCAUCGUCCGUCUGCACCUGGACUGCCACCAACAGGAGAACCUGGCCAGCAGCGCCCGAACCCUCGCCCUCCAGUGCGCCAUGAAGGACCCGCAGAACUGUGCCCUCUCCGCUCUCACGCUCUGCGAGAAAGACCACAUCGCCUUCGAGACGGCCUACCAGAUCGUCCUGGACGCGGCCACCACCGGCAUGAGCUACACGCAGCUAUUCACCAUCGCCCGCUACAUGGAACAUCGCGGGUACCCCAUGCGGGCGUACAAGCUGGCCACCCUGGCCAUGGCCCACCUGAACCUGAGCUACAACCAGGACACGCACCCGGCCAUCAACGACGUGCUCUGGGCUUGCGCCCUCAGCCACUCCCUGGGCAAGAACGAGCUGGCCGCCAUCAUCCCCCUGGUGGUGAAGAGCGUGAAGUGCGCCACCGUGCUGUCGGACAUUUUGCGGCGGUGCACGCUGACCACGCCCGGCAUAGUGGCCAUACACAGUCGCAGGAACUCUGGGAAACUGAUGUCAUUGGACAAAGCCCCGUUGAGACAGCUCUUGGACGCGACGAUCGGGGCUUACAUCAACACGACGCACUCCCGACUCACCCACAUCAGUCCGCGCCACUAUAGCGAAUUCAUCGAGUUUCUCAGCAAAGCCAGAGAGACUUUUCUCAUGGCGCACGACGGACACAUCCAAUUCACGCAAUUCAUAGACAACCUAAAACAGAUUUACAAAGGAAAAAAGAAACUGAUGAUGCUUGUACGAGAGAGGUUCGGUUAACGAGGAGCCUCGCCUCUCCUUUUACUUGAG